CUCACGGUUUGGGAUGUCAACUCACGGUCUCACGGUUUUGCCCCUUAAUCUCACGGUGAAUCAGAAAGUUUUAAAAUUGCCAAACAAUUCCGGAAGGUAUGAAGGAAUAGCAAAAAAAUCUGUGCUCAUAACAGCCGAAUCAGGCAUCAAAACUAAUUUGCGAGGGAAAUGGCGCCAAUGCUAGGCUCAGUCUCCAGUCGUGUCUUGUUGCGCCCAGGUUACUCACCGCUACCAGAGGAUCGCGGGCGCACCAAGACACGGCCGAAGAAUGAGCCCAAUGCCAGCCUCAUUCUAAUGAAACAUCGGUGCGCUAAGGUUUCUGGGAAAGCUUAACCAUCGAACACAAAUUUCAAAAUGGCUACUCGUCGUCCAGCACACGAGAGUGAAACAAGUUCUCAAAAUGACUCUGAUACUUCGGAACCUCAGCCAUCUACCGCGAAGAAAAGGAAACCAGCUACCCUUGGAGCAGCUAAGUAUCGUACGACAUUUAAGGUUGAGUGGAGCAAUUUAUAUCCCGUGAAAGCAGUAAGAAACGACAAGCAUUCUUUUUAUUGUGUGCCUUGUCUCAAGACAAUACGCUGUGACCACCAGGGUCUAAAAGACGUGAAAGAUCAUUGUAAUACAGAAUCUCACAAGUUAUCGACGAAAGCAGCGAAAAAUCAGCCAUCAGUAGCGGGCAUGUUUGGUUCAGGCGGUAGUGUUAUACAAAGUGCAGUUACCAGAGCAGAAGUCCUAACAACAAAUUUUCUGAUCCAGCAUAACCUCCCACUUGCAACUUCAGAUCACCUUGGGCCAUUGUUUAGGGCAGUAUUUCCAGACAGUGAAAUUGCUAAGCAGUAUGGAUGUGCAAGAACAAAGACUAUGGCUAUCAUCAAUAAGGCUCUGGGACCACAUUGUCACAGAUAUGUUGUACAGCACUGUCAGAAACAUCCAUUCAGUAUUGGAAUUGAUGGGUCGAGUGAUACAGAUGUUGAAAAGAUGAAUCCAGCAACCGUAAGAAUUUUCGAUGUAGAAAGAGCCAAAACUGUUACAUCUCAUUUUUAUCAUAUGUGUGUGACAAGUGGCAGGGAUGCGUCAAAAGCAGAAACUCUUUUUGGUGUUGUCCAGGAAAAGUUAGAGACUGAUGAAAUACCAUGGAAUCAGGUUGUCAGCCUUUCAGUAGAUAACACUAAUUCAAUGGUGGGUGCUCACAAUUCUUUGGCAUCCCACUUCAAAGCAAAAAAUCCAGAGACCUAUGUAUUGGGAUGUCCUUGCCAUUUGGCGCACAUUGCAGCAAGUAGAGCUCAUGACGAAUUUGCAAAGAUUAUAGGAAUCAGUGCAGAAGAGCUUCUUAUUGAUCAGUAUUACUGGUUUGAUAAAAGCACAAAACGGAAAGGGAUCCUACUUGAGUACAUGCAGUUUUGUAACCAGGAGUAUGGUAAGAUACUGAAGCAUUCUUCUACCAGGUGGCUUUCUUUAGAACGCUGCGUUCAACGCACACUUGAAAAGUAUACUGGAUUGAAGUCAUACUUUUUGAGUGAAGAUGCUGGUGAUGCGAGAUUCAAGAGGUUACAGAAAGCCUUUGAAAAUCCACUCACAGAAGUUUCCCUGUUUUUUCACAAUGCUUCCAUCCCACUGUUUACAAAUUUUAACAAACUUUUGCAGUCAGACGAGCCAUCCAUUCACAUAGUUUAUGACUCUGUCAUAAAACUUGCAAAUACUCUUGGAAAUCGUGUUAUCAAGGUGGAGGUCAUGAAGAAACCACUUAAUGAAAUUAAUUUGCAAGAUCCAACAAUUUAUAUACCCCUUGCAGAAAUUCACUUAGGAGGGACGACAAAGUUUACACUACAGAGGCUACUUAAUCAAGGGGAAAUAUCUCAAACAGCCUACACUCGUUUCUUAACAGCAGCACAUGAAUAUUUCAAGGCAGCCUUCCAAUAUGUUUUGAGCAAGUUUCCUAUUACUGAUGAGCUGCUGAAGCAUGCAAGAUGGAUCAACGUUCAGAAACGUAGUCAGGCAAAAUGGGAGAGUGUAGAAUACUUUCUAUCCAGGUUCAAAUCAGCCUUGAACACUGUUAACAUUGAUGAGAUGUAUGAUGAAUUUCGUGAUUAUCAGUCUCUAACAGAUGAAGACAUUGGUGUGAUUGCUUGGAAGGAAGCUAAAGUUGUUGAUGGAUUAGUUAAUGAUCAGGAAAUUUUCCAUUACAGAGUAGACAUUCUCUGGUGGUACAUGUCACAAAUGGUAAUUCCUGAAUCCUCAGCAAAAAGAUUUUGCCAUCUUCAGAAGGUGGCAGAGCUGGUUGUACUUUUGCCACACAGUAAUGCAGGGGAGGAGAGGCUGUUCAGCAUGGUUCGCAAGAACAAAACAGAUAGUCGGUCCUCCCUUAAACUGGAGGGAACUCUAUCGAAUUUACUGGCAAUGAAGUUGCAGUACCCAGAGGAAACCUCACCGUGUUUUAAGUUCAACCCUGAUGAGAAUCUUCUCAGCUCUGCAAAAAAGGCAGCGAAAGACUACAACAGAGAACACUGAGAAGGUAAGGAAUACUCUGAAACAAAUAAUCUGUCGUCGUUUUUUUUAUUUGACGCAUAUUUUUGAAGUCUCCAGGUUUGAGGUCCUAAUCUCCAGGUUUCUCUAGGCUUUUUUUUUUAAAACCUCC